AUGUCGGCUAUUCGAGGCGGUGUAUUCCUCGCAACUGACGGCUUCGUUGACCAGUUCGGCGAGGAGCGCGUGAUUGACACCCCCAUCGCCGAAUCUUCCAUCGCGGGCAUGGCUUUGGGCGCCGCGAUGAACGGCAUGCGCCCGAUCGCCGAAAUACAGUUCGCAGACUUCAUCUGGCCCGUGUUCAAUCAGAUUGUCGGAGAGGCGGCGCGGGCGCGCUACGGCAGCAACGGCAAGCUGAGCGUGCCCCUUGUGCUUCGCGCGCCCGAAGGCGGCGGCGUGCGUGGGGCGCUGUAUCACUCGCAAUCGGCGGAGGCGUACUUCUGCCACGCGCCGGGGCUGAAGGUGAUCACCCCGUCCACGCCCUACGAUGCAAAGGGCCUGCUUAAGAGCGCAAUCCGCGACGACGACCCUGUGGUGUUCCUGGAGCACAAGCGCACAUACAGGCUCGUGCGCGGCGAAGUUCCCGACGUCGAAUACACGAUUCCGAUCGGCAAGGCGGAUGUGAAGCGCGAGGGCGAUGAUGUGUCGGUGUUUACAUACGGACUGAUGGUGCAUCACUGCCUCGAAGCGGCGCAGACGCUGCAGGGCGAGGGCAUCAGCGUGGAAGUCGUUGACCUGCGAACCCUGCGCCCUCUGGAUACGGAGGCCGUGCUGGAGUCGGCGAUGAAAACGGGUAAGGCGCUGGUGGUACACGAGGACAACAAGGUAGGCGGCAUCGGUGGCGAAGUCGCCGCCACAAUUGCCGAGGACGCCUUCGAGUACCUCGACGCCCCCGUCAGGCGUCUAGCCGGUCCCGAAGUGCCCGCAAUGCCCUUCAGUCCGCCCUUGGAGGCGCUGUAUAUGCUCGACUCGGACAAGAUUGCGAAUGCCAUACGCAACUUGGCGGCGUAUUAG